AUGCCUGCCCUAAGAUGGGGCAUUGCGAGCUGCUGUAAGGCCAGCUGCGAUUUCGCCGAAGCUUUGCUAUCGUUCCCCGAGGAAAAUCACGCGCUUCUUUCCAUAGCUUCAGCAAACAUGGAAGCUUCGGAAGAGUUCAGCCGAAAAUACCAGGUUCCUAACGCUUACGGCUCUUACGAUAAAUUGGCGGCUGACUUGGAAGUAGACAUAGUUUACGUUGCCGUCAUAAUCCCUAAUCACUUCAAGAUCACCAAAGCUAUGCUGAGCAAUGGAAAACAUGUUGUUUGCGAGACGCCUCUGAGUUUUUGCGAGAAGACCGCCAAAGAGCUGAUGAUACUGGCAAAAAUUAAAAAGGUUUUCCUUAUGGAAGCUAUGUGGACCAAAGUUUUUCCCGCUAUGGAUUUCCUGACCGAAGAAAUUGAGAGUGAUACCAUCGGUGAUGUGCAAUGGGUGGAGAUAACUUUUGGACGGUCGUCGUACAACAAAAAGGACAUAAAUUUGAAGGAGAUAUACAAAGGAGUAAUCAUGGACUUUGGCAUCUUCACUUUGGCCUUUCAAGACCACAUAUUUCGAAACAUGGUGCCUACUAAAGUGAUGACGUCCGGUCAUUUGAACUACCAGGACUCGGACGAGUCUGCCUGUUGCAUCAUGAACUACCCGGAAGGUAAAACUUGCGUUAUAGCAAUUCACACCUGCGUUGAUUUGCCCAAUGAAGCCAUUAUUAUCGGUACCAAAGGUACCAUAAGGAUACCGCACUUUUGGUUUCCGACCAAAAUCAUCAUGCCAGACGAGGUGAAGACUUUUCCUCUACCAGAUGAUUCCACGAAGGUUUCCAGAAGAGUUGCUUUCAAGUAUUUAAUCGAGGAGGUUGGAAAAUGCAUUGAGGAUGGGAAAUUGGAGAGCGAAAAACACUCACACGCCUCAACUUUACAGGUCAUUCAUUUCAUGGACGUUUGGAGGAAUCAACUAGAGGUUGUGUUUGAAGCUGAAGAGUGA